CUCUGAUCCAGAUGUGGAGGAGAGAGACGCGCAGACAUCCGAUUGUGGAUUGCGGGAUAUGGAUCUGGAGGCAGUCUCUUAAAUCUACCCCUCCCAAAGCCUCAUCUGGAUGAAUCCACGCAAAUACCCGCGUUUAAUUUCCAACACACACACACACACACACACCUACAAAAAAAUCAACUACGGGGGGCAUCAGAAGACACAGUCCGGAUAAGAUGCAAAAAAUUAUUUCGCCAGGAGUACGUCUGCGUGAAAUUAAUCCGAUGCUUUUGGAUCGACAUUCUUAACACCCAGGAGGGAUCUGGUCGUCUGUAGGCUAACGGGGAGAGGUGGACCACGGUUUUAGAGGGGGAGAGACAGAGGAAGGAGAUGGGUACGUCUCCCCAGAUGCCGAUCUGUAGCUGAAUCGCCAGCGACCUUCCCUGUCGGUGGGACCCGUCGGAGGAUUUCGCGCAGGGAGAGAGAGAGGGGAUCCGAAGGAAUUCGAGGCUCCCAACGACUCCAGGACCACUGAAGGACCACCGAUCCGAGAGUCUGCCCCAGGGCCGACGGACAGGAUGAGGAGUUGGGGGACAUCAGCUGUGAGACCGCCUCCUCGCACCUGUUGAGACGUGUCCGCCAGGAGUGUUGAGAACCUCCCCCAUCAGUCGGUCUUUUCCCCAACUCCCCCGCUGUCACCCCGCUUCGCCACUCCCCGUCGUCCCGGAGCGGAGAGAAAGGGGUGACCACCGAGGGAAGAUGCCCUCUACCCAGGCCUCCGAGUUGGGCCUGCUGCUGUGGGCGCUGGAGGCCGUGGCCUGCUUCGGACUGUUGUCCGGGCAGAAGCACGAUGAGAUGUACCCAAUAGUGACCACCAACUACGGCAAGCUGCGUGGUGUGAGGAAGGAACUCAACAAUGAGAUUUUGGGCCCGGUGGUCCAGUACUUGGGCGUGCCCUUCGCUACCCCACCCGUGGGUGAGCGGCGCUUCCAGCCCCCCGAGGCCCCCGCCUCCUGGUCCGAGGUGCGCAACGCCACCCAGUUCGCCCCUGUCUGCCCCCAGAACAUCCAUGGCAUACUCCCUGAGGUCAUGCUCCCCGUCUGGUUCCUCUCCAACCUGGACGAUGUGGCCACUUACAUCCAAGACCAGAGCGAGGACUGUCUGUACCUCAACAUUUACGUACCCACCGAGAACGGUCCGCUCACAAAAAAACCCGACGAUAACGGCGCAUUUGGUGGUCUUGAAGAUGAAGAUAUCAGAGACAGCGGUCCCAAGCCGGUGAUGAUGUUUGUGCAUGGAGGAUCAUACAUGGAGGGAACAGGGAAUAUGUUCGAGGGAAGUGUCUUGGCAAGCUACGGCAACGUUAUAGUGGUCACUAUCAACUACCGACUCGGCGUACUUGGGUUCCUGAGCACGGGGGAUAUGGCUGCCAAAGGUAACUAUGGUCUGCUGGAUCAGAUCCAGGCUCUGCGGUGGCUCAGCGAAAACAUCGGCUAUUUCGGUGGGGACCCCAUGAGGAUCACGGUGUUCGGAUCGGGCGCGGGUGCGUCCUGCGUCAACCUCCUGAUCCUCUCUCACCAUUCUGAAGGUAACCGUUGGAGCAAUUCCACAAAAGGUCUCUUCCAACGGGCAAUUGCGCAGAGUGGCACUGCCAUCUCAAGCUGGUCCGUCAACUACCAACCGGCUAAAUACACCAGGAUGCUGGCCAAGAAGGUGGGCUGCAACUUUGCUGAGACUGUGGACAUGGUGGAGUGCCUGCGGAGGAAGUCCUACCGGGAGCUGGUAGAUCAGGACAUCCAGCCCACCAGGUACCACAUCGCCUUUGGGCCCGUGGUGGACGGUGAUGUCCUCCCCGAUGACCCUGAGAUCCUGAUGGAGCAGGGGGAGUUCCUCAACUACGACAUCCUGCUGGGCGUCAACCAGGGCGAGGGUUUCAAGUUCGUGGAGUCGCUGGUGAACACAGAGGAUGGCAUCUCAGCCAGCUACUUCGACUUUGCCGUCUCCAACUUUGUGGACAACCUCUACGGCUACCCAGAAGGCAAGGACAUCCUUCGGGAGACCAUCAAGUUCAUGUACACAGACUGGGCGGACCGCGACAACGGCGAGAUGCGGCGCAAGACCCUUCUGGCACUCUUCACUGACCACCAGUGGGUCGCGCCGGCCAUUGCCACCGCCCGGCUCCAUGCCGAGUACCAGUCGCCCACCUACUUCUACACUUUCUACCACCACUGCCAGAGCGAGAUGAAGGCCGUGUGGGCAGAUGCAGCGCAUGGCGACGAGAUCCCCUACGUCUUCGGCAUCCCCAUGAUUGGCGUCACCGAGCUCUUCCCCUGCAACUUCUCCAAGAACGACGUCAUGCUCAGCGCAGUGGUGAUGACCUAUUGGACCAACUUCGCCAAGACCGGUGAUCCCAACAAACCAGUCCCCCAGGACACCAAGUUCAUCCACACCAAGCCCAACCGGUUCGAGGAGGUGGCAUGGACCAAGUUCAACUCCAAGGAGAAGCCCUACCUGCAUAUCGGGCUCAAGCCUCGGAUUCGCGAGCACUACCGGGCUAACAAGGUGGCCUUCUGGCUGGAGCUGGUGCCACACCUGCACAACCUCCACGACAUCCUGCAGUACACGUCCACCACCAAGCUGCCGCCCGAGGACCCCUUCCUCACCAACCGGGCUCACGGCAAAGGCUGGACCAUCACCACCAAGCGGCCGCUGGUCACCUCACCGCCUGCGCAGGAGCGCACUGAGGAGCCACCCAAUUAUGUGCGUCUGCCCGAGGACUCGCGGGACUACUCGACCGAGCUGAGCGUGACGGUGGCAGUCGGCGCCUCGCUGCUCUUCCUCAACAUCCUGGCCUUCGCCGCCCUCUACUACAAGCGGGACAAGCGCCAUGAGCUGCACCGCCGGCUCAGCCCCCAGCGCAACGCCGCCAACGACCUGGCCCACGCCCAGGAGGAAGAGAUCAUGUCGCUGCAGAUCAAGCACGGCGAGCAUGAGAGCCGCGACCUGGACGCCCUGCGGCCCCACGAGAUCCUGCGGCCUGCCUGCCCCCCCGACUACACCCUGGCCCUGCGCCGGGCCCCCGACGACGUGCCCCUCAUGAGCCCCAACACCAUCACCAUGAUCCCCAGCAACAUCAGCGGGAUGCAGCCUCUCCACGCCUUCAACACUUACCCCUCCGGCCACAACAACACGUUACCCCACCCGCACUCCACUACCCGGGUAUAGUGGGGCCCUUGGCAACCGCCUUGACAACGGGCAGCCAGGAACAACGACUUUUAAACCUUCCACACAGUGAUCCAACUGAUCUGACUAAAGUCCUUUCCUGUUCCCUCCCCACCCCAAACCCCACCCUUUGGGAACAAUGACGGACAUUGCAGAGAGAGAAAGACAGAGCAUUUUUGCCUGAUCGAUUCGCUAUUUUUCACUAUAAACCUUCCCCUCUUGUAAUAUAAUACAACUUUUUCUUGGAGGGGGAGGGAUUGAUAUCUUAUUAUUCUUCCUUGUUCCAAUGUCCUCCCUUCUUCACUCCUCAUCUCUAAGGAACGCUGACGACAGCUUUCCAAUGCCGAGGUAGUCUUAGCUUUUGGCCCACCAGUAAGUUUUCUGUCAGAAGGUAGGAAAAUGUGCCAAACAUAAAAAGCCAAAUUUAUUUUCAAGACAUGUAUUUAAAAACUAACCUGAGAUUUGUUUCUCUUCCUUAAAAUUUCUUUUCUUGAGCUCGUAUGAUUCAAUCAUCUGUCCAGCAGGUUAGCCUGGGCCAUUUUACACAGGGACCCACUGCCACUGUCACUUUCUUUCCUUUGAUUCGUCGAAGCGAGGAGGAAACAUGAGCUUUGCCAGAGAUACCAACGAGGGAGUUAAAGAAAGCUGUCCUUGCUCCCCAAAUUGGGGACCAACUGGAUUCCCCAAAAGUAAGGGCAAGGCUAGAAUAUAGACCCAGUUAAAGAAAGCUGACCUUGCUCUCUGAACUGGGGAUCAGCUAGAUUUUCAACAGUAAGGUCAAGACCAGAAUAUAUUCCCAGGGUUAAAAUUUCACCAGGGGAUGCAUAUUGGUCACAGAGAAUAUGAAUCCCCUCGUGGGGGCAGAAUUGCAGAAUUUCUUCCUCAGACCAAACCCCCCCUCCCUUGUCAAUAACCAACAACACUUCUUGAACAGUUGGAGGGGAAAGGUUUGAUGGUGGCCAUGUUCUAAGACUGCCUGCCUCUUGUCCAUUCCGUUUUGAGAGAGAGGGAGAUGCAUGGAGAGGUGAUCCUGUUUCAGAAAAGACUGAUCCCCACCUCUCCCCCCAUUCCAGAACUGAGCAAAACCCUUGUCCCAUUCCCCCCCGCCCCACCCCAAGCUCCAGGAGGUGAUAAUUUCAAGGGAGCACCACAUUUUUUGCCUCCUUUACCGGUUUGAGCCACUCGUCCCGAUCCUUCCUACCCAAGCCGCAGGAGGUAGUACGCAUCUAGUCUCUGCUUGACUUUUCAAUAACGAGCGAAAGCUGUCCUGUCUGCAGAACAAGCGGAGGGAGAGACCUUUUAAGGACCAAUUGAGGCCAAGGAAGUGCGUGGAGAUGGGAUGUCGCCGCUCCACCUCUCCGCAACGACGGCCGAGCUAUUCGUUCUGCAAGCAGUUUUGUACAUUAUAGCCUUCAGCGAAACAAAGUGACUCAGCCCGACCUAAGGCCACUUGUUUCCCACCUGACUGUGCAGCUGGUGGAGGCGCCAGGCCGCUGUAUGAAGGGGAACGUAUGGUGACCAUCGCAGUUAUCUCUUUUUUUUCCUCUUUUGAUUUCCUUUCUUUAACAGGCGUUUGUGACUUCAGUAAAUAGUUUUGGUUGUCAGUACAGAUAUUGGGCUUGCGUUCUCAUCGGGAAGGCUGGGAGUGGGCCCAAGUUCAACGGCAGCCUCUUGCUUUGGAUCGGCCCCUCCCAUCCCAAUAUCCUCACCCACCAUCCCCCCCCACACUUACACCCAACCGUCCCAACAGUCUCACACACCGAUCUGACCCACACUUACAUCCACUGUCCCAAAACUCUCACACACUGUUCCCUCCUACAUAUCCAACUGCCCCAACACUCUCCCACACUUACACCCAACCGUCCCAACACUCUCACACACCGACCUGUCCCUCACUUACACCCAGCCAUCCCAACACUCACACACUGACCUCUCCCACCCCCAAACACCAGCCCCUCCCACACCUAUAACAAACCGUCCCAUCGUCCUCACAAACCGUUCCCCCCACACCUGCACCCAACACACUCACAAGCCCACACCCAACACCUUUACACACUCCCCCCCACUGCAAAACUCCGCCUCUUCCCACCCCAACAUACCUCUGCCCCUCCCACUGUAAUACCCAAGCACCCUUCCCCACCACAACGUGGCCGAAUGUCCCCUCCAAUCAUAAUACACUGCCCGUUCCACUCGAGCACCCUCCCACCAUCCCUUCCCACUGCAAACCCCACCGUCCCCUCCCACACCGACGCCCAACAUCCAGUGCAAACUCUCUACCACCUGGCUGCUGUCCUCUCUGAGCGCCCCAGACCUGUGGGAGUGAGCCCCAGGUUGCCCAUCCCAUCAGGUCUCGGGGCAGCCGGUCUAUGAUCCCAAGAGCGAGGGGUUGCUGAAGCGGAGUAAUCCCACCGCGAACCUUCCAGCCGACAGUUUGAAGGGUGUUUGGCCGCAGAUCCCGGCGGAUUCAGGUGGUGGACUGCAUGACAUAAGGGAUCUUCCAGCUUGGCCAACGUAGAGUCCUUACGGAGUUGGGCAGGUGCUUCGGAGAGUGUCACCCUCCUGGGUGGUGGCACCCAACUGACUUGCCGUUAACCUUGGGAAGAACAUUAUUGGUUGGUAAGUGACCCAACCAGCUCCAGAUUUUCUUCUUAGAAUAUGAAAAGAGUAUUUUAAAACUGAUACACUUGAUCGUUUUGGGCCGGCCAGUUUCUCGGGAUGGGAGAGGGGUUGCGAGAGACACUUCAACUGGAGGCCACCGGACUGUAGCAGGGAGUGAGGGAUGGUGUCAACCUCGGUUCAAAACUGGAAGCCACCCUCAAUUCCUCAGCCUCCACACUGAGGUCACAUCUCUCACCCGCCCUCUCUUGAGGAACAGCUCGAAGGACUGAACGCAGGUCUAUCCAAUGUAACAUAAAGUUCCAGACCUUUGUAUUUUACGCCCUUGAAAUAAAA